AUCUAAAUAAAUAUAAUUUUAUAUUAAACUAUCAAUAUUAUAAUAAAAAUCGUUAUUAUCAUAUCAAAGAAAAAUAAGAAAUCAAAAAUCAUUUUGAAUACUAAUUGAUAUUAUUAAAAUAGCAAAUAAACACUCCGUCACUAAUUUUCAAUUGUUUAAUAUCUACAAAUAAUAUAUAAUUAAAAUUAAUACUAUAAUAUUAAAAAUAUUAACACUACGCCAAACUAAACACAUCAAGUAUAAAUAUAACUUAAUUAUAAUAAUAUUAACAAAUAACUAAUAUUAUAAUAAAAUAAUAAAAAUUAUUAAUAAAUAAUAAAGAAGAUUAUUUAUCAACUACUUUAUAUAAAUCAAAACCAAAAUCAAAAAAAAUAAUAAAAAUAAUUUUUUUUUGAUUUUUAAUUUAUAUAUAAUUACUUAAAUCUUUUUAUUUUUAGAUACAAUAAUAAAUAAAUAUAAAAAAUAAUAACUACACUAUAUAUUAUAUAAUAUAUACAAAUAGGAAAUGACAUUUCAAGAUGUGGAAAUUAAUGAAAAAAUACCAUUUAUAAAUGUUUGCAAAUGUGGUUCCAAAGAUUUCGAAAACUCUGAAUCGAAAAGAGCAAAACUAUUCUUUUAUAUUGGCCAUAUAAUAAUAAUAUUUCAUUUCUUAAAUUUAUCAAAACUGUUUUCAAGCAACGAUACCGCCAAAAGAUACGCUAUUGGUUCUUUAUCAUAUAUACUCUUUUCAUUGUCAAUAUUUUUAUAUAUAGCGCUUUUCCUUUACUGCAAAAUGGGUCUCAGUAUUUUCGAAGAAGAUUUUUAUUUAAAAUUUAAAACAUACUAUAACUAAAUAAAAGAAAAUAAACUUUUUGUAAAAUUUUAUUAUUUAUUU